AUGGGUCCACAUCACCCCGCGGCGGGACCGCAUCAGGAGGAUGUCAACUUGCACCAGGCAGAAUCAAGGGGCUCCCAGCAUGGUGAUCCUCGAAAGAGUCCCGAACGGAGAGAAGGCCAUGAGGGGAGUGUACGUACAACUCAUACCACCAAGAGCCACUCUCGGGGGAAGAGUCACGUCUCCCACGCGAAGCAUGAUGGGAAUCUGCAACGUGAGAUUGCAGAUUUGAAGAAAGAGUUGCGCCAUGCACGGCGAGAACGUUCCCCACCUUGCUCCGAACCAUCAUUUGAGGAGUCGAAUGGAGCUAGUUAUAAGCGGAGAUCAAGAACUCUGCCAAGCGAGACUUUCUCCUACGAAGAGGAGCACCGCCAUCGACGUAAGCGUAGAAGUCCACCUAGUAAGGGCUUGGGAAACGAUGCCAUGAACAAAGCCUUGAGUCAAAUUUCCAAGUCGCCCUUUACGAGAAACAUAGACGAUGCGAUUCAUCCUCGGCGAUUCUAUCAGCCUACGUUCUCUCUAUAUGACGACCAUUCGGAUCCGGUGGAACAUGUAAGCUAUUUCAGCCAAAAGAUGGCUAUCUAUUCUAGAAACGAAACUUUGAUGUGCAAAGUUUUUCCAUCGAGUUUGGGCCCGACGGCGAUGAGGUGGUUCAACAGCUUAAGGGCCAAUUCUAUUGGAUCUUUCAAAACAUUGACUCGGGCUUUUGGUGCUCGCUUUAUUACAUGUAACAGGACUCCUCGGCCUUUGGGAUCUCUGUUGACUCUGUCUAUGCGAGAGGGCGAGACUCUCAAGAAUUACUCGGAUAGAUACUGGGAAAUGUUUAACGAAAUAGAGGGAAAGAACGAUGCUGUGGCUAUAACCACUUUCAAAGCUGGUCUCCCAACUGAUCACGAUUUGAGGAAAUCCCUGACGGGUAAACCUGUCACCAGUGUGCGCCAACUGAUGGACAGAAUAGAUAAGUACAGAAGGGUAGAGGAAGAUCAACUUCAGGGAAAAGGAAAGGCCAAGGAUCAUGGGCACACGACGGAUAACUACAGGAAUUUAUGGGACCACUUGGAACAGUUGGUCCGUGAAGGGAAAUUAAAACAACUCUUGCAUCACUCCAGUGGAAGGGCGAGUCAAGCAGGUUCAGAAGUGCGCGGGGACGCUUCAUCAAGACUCCCCCUGAGUACGAUUAACGUUAUCUUUGCGGCCCCGGGGAGGACUGGAUCUUGCCCCGCUAGAGUGUUGUCGAUGUCCCGAUCCCCGACCGAGGAUCAUUCCCAAGCAUUGAAGAGAGCCAAGAAGCGUGUCCCCCUGAUUCUAGGCUUUUCAGAUGAGGAUAUGGUUGGGACCAUACAUCCCCAUGAGGAUGCUUUGGUGGUAACGUUAAGGAUUGGCGGGUACGAUGUCAGAAGAGUGAUGGUUGAUCAGGGUAGUGCUGUGGAUGUGAUGUAUCCAGACUUGUACAAGGGGCUAGGUUUGAACCCAGAGGACUUAACAACCUAUAACUCUCCUCUAGUAAGUUUCGAGGGAAGGUUGGUCACUCCUAAAGGGCUAAUUAGGCUGCCCGUGCAGGCAGGUACGGAUGUGGUGGAGGUGGACUUUAUUGUCGUGGAUGUUUUUUCUCCAUACACGGCUAUUAUGGGCAGACCUUGGCUUCACACCCUUAAAGCGGUCUCGUCAACCUUGCAUCAGAAGGUGAAGUACCCAUCCGGGGACCAAGUGUUGGAAAUAGUAGGGAGUCAGGCGGCUGCUCGGCAAUGCCUAGUCACGGCUAUAUAG